UACAGAUAUAUGCACAGAUAUGUGUUUUAUUAUACUAUGUAACAUACAUAAUGUGGUCUGUAAAAGAAAACAUUUGUGUGUGUAUUAUGUACAUGUAAGGUGCUACCAACCCACUUUAUAUGGGUUUUGUAAAGAUUAAAGCAGUAAACACUGAACAAAAGAAGCACUCAGCAUUACUUACAAUGAGCAUUAUAACAUUGUUUCGAUUUUAAAGUCUUAGUUGUGAUGGACCCCCUCCCGUUUUCUUCUGUGAAAAUGUACUAGAAAGAUUUACUCUUGGAUUUCUGUAAUACUUGAUCCUUGAAAGUGCAAGUGAUCAGUAAACCGCAGGGCUGUGUUAAGCGGUGUGCUCCCUACUCCAGUGUGUGAGAGGAAGGACAUAAUUUUUUCAUCAGCGGAAACCAAGAAAAGGGAGAAAAGCUUGGUUCAAGUAGCAUCAUGAUGUCUUCCCUGUUUCUUUGAGAAUAUUGAAGGAUGUUUGUUCCACGAUCUCUGAAAAUUAAGAGGAAUUCUAAUGAUGAUGUCAAAAGUUGCCUAACUAAGAAAAUUAAGGCAGACGCAGAAGACCUUCAAGUGGACAAAGGCAGAGAUGAUCCAGUCCGUGCUGUAAGCACAGAAGAAGCCACAGCCCCAGACCUGCCUAGCAGUGAAUCGGACUCCUUCCCCAGUUCUGCUGGCCAGUUGGCCAAGGUUUCUGAGCAGGAUACAAAGGACAGCCAUCCUUUUGAAGAGCCUGUGAAAUCAUUUGCCAAAACGCAGCGCUGGGCAGAGCCCGGGGAGCCUGUGUGUGUUGUCUGUGGUCGAUAUGGAGAGUACAUCUGUGACAAGACAGAUGAAGAUGUGUGCAGCUUGGAGUGCAAAGCGCGACAUCUUGUACAGGUUAAAGAAAAGGAAGAGAAAUUAAAACUCAGCAAUCCACAGGACGCUGGUUCUCAACCAGAGCCUCCACUUGGUGCUUUUUAUGUAUACAGAGAACACCCCUUUAUAUCCAGCCUUCGGGAAGACCAGAUUGAAAACCUUAAACAGCAGCUAGGAAUUUCAGUUCAAGGGCAAGAAGUCACCAGACCCAUUAUUGACUUUGAACAUUGUGGUUUCCCUGAGGCUUUAAAUCACAACAUGAAGACAUCAGGCUAUGAGGUGCCAACCCCCAUCCAAAUGCAGAUGAUCCCCUUGGGACUUCUGGGAAGAGACAUUCUGGCCAGUGCAGACACUGGCUCAGGAAAAACAGCUGCUUUCCUUCUCCCUGUUAUCAUCCGAGCUUUAUUUGAGAGUAAAACUCCUUCUGCACUUAUUCUCACGCCAACAAGAGAGUUAGCCAUUCAGAUAGAGAGACAAGCUAAGGAACUGAUGAGCGGUCUGCCACGAAUGAAAACCGUGCUCCUUGUGGGGGGCCUCCCCCUCCCCCCACAGCUCUACCGCUUGCGACAGCAUGUCAAGGUUAUCAUAGCAACUCCUGGGCGACUUCUGGAUAUAAUAAAACAGAACUCUGUGGCACUCUGUGGUAUAAAGAUUGUGGUAGUUGAUGAAGCUGACACCAUGUUAAAGAUGGGCUUCCAACAGCAAGUGCUUGAUGUUUUGGAGAACGUUUCUAGUGAUUGCCAGACCAUUUUGGUUUCUGCCACAAUUCCAGCUAGCAUAGAACAACUAGCAAACCGGCUUCUGCACAACCCUGUGAGAGUCGUCGCUGGAGAGAAGAAUCUGCCCUGCUCCAGCGUGCGGCAGAUCGUCCUGUGGGUGGAAGACCCAGCCAAAAAGAAGAAGCUAUUUGAAAUAUUAAAUGAUAGGAAACUCUUCAAGCCUCCAGUAUUAGUAUUUGUGGACUGCAGACUGGGAGCAGAUUUGUUGAGUGAGGCCGUUCAGAAAAUCACAGGUCUAAAAAGCACAUCGAUGCAUUCAGAGAAGUCCCAGAUAGAAAGAAAAAGUAUACUGAAGGGUUUACUGGAAGGAGACUACGAGGUUGUGGUGAGCACUGGGGUCCUGGGACGAGGCCUGGACUUGGUCAGUGUGAAGCUGGUUGUGAAUUUUGAUAUGCCCUCAAGCAUGGAUGAGUACGUACAUCAGGUUGGAAGAGUGGGGAGACUGGGUCAAAGUGGAACAGCAAUUACCUUCAUCAACAACAACUCAAAAAGACUCUUCUGGGACAUCGCAAAGAGAGUCAAGCCCACGGGGUCCAUUCUUCCCCCGCAGCUGUUAAAUUCUCCUUACCUUCAUGAGCAGAAGAGAAAGGAACAGCAGAAAGACAGACAGUCACAUAGCGACCUGGUUACAGGAGCCAAUCUUAUGGACAUUAUUAGGAAGCACAAUAAAAGCAAUUCUCAGAAAUAAUUUGUGAGGCCAUUUUCACUCAUUUUUAUUGUUCAGCAGAAUUUCUAUAAAUGAUUACUGUACAGUGUGAGUACAUGAGAAUGUAAAUGAAACAAGAAUCUUUA